GAAGGAGGGAGAAAGGAAACCGGGCAGGUGACACCGCGCUGGGCUGCUGGGGCUCGGCGGGCGCGGAGCGGGCGGCAGGAGCGCGGCGGCCAUGCACGUCAAUGGGAAGGUGGCUCUGGUCACCGGCGGGGCGCAGGGCAUCGGCCGCGCCUUCGUCCAGGCGCUGCUGGGCAAGGGCGCUAAGGUAGCCCUGCUGGACCGCAACUCCGAGGCCGGACAGGAGAGCAAGGCGGCCCUGGACGAGCAGUUCGAAGCGCAGAGGACGCUGUUCAUCCAGUGCGACGUGACGGACCAGGAGCAGCUGAAAGGUGCUUUCAAAAAAGUAAUUGAACAUUUUGGAAGGCUGGACAUUGUGGUUAAUAAUGCUGGAGUGAACAAUGAGAAGGACUGGGAAAGCACUAUACAAGUUAACUUGACAUCUGUGAUCAGAGGAACCUACCUUGGCAUAGAAUACAUGAAAAAAGGAAAUGGAGGUGAUGGAGGAGUGAUCAUUAAUAUGUCAUCCUUGGCAGGACUCAUGCCUGCUGCCUUCCAGCCUGUGUACUGUGCUACAAAGCACGGUGUCAUUGGAUUCACACGGUCCUUAGCAUUAGCUGCUAACAUGGAAAACUACGGUGUGAGACUGAACACAAUUUGUCCAGGAUUUGUCAACACACCAAUUCUUCAGUCAAUAGAUAAAGAAGAGAAUAUGGGACAAUACUAUUCAUACAAGGAUGAGAUAAAAAAUAUGAUGCAGUUCUAUGGCGUGAUGGACCCAUCAAUAAUUGCUGAAGGAUUGAUAACAAUAAUUGAAGAUGAUACUCUAAAUGGAGAAGUUAUGAAGAUUACAGCAUCCCAAGGAAUUCAUUUUCACCAAUAUGGCCAAACACCUUUUACAUCAUCAAAGAGAUGAAUAAUUGUUUUGGGCUAAUUGCUUUUGGCUUUUCUUAAAUAGAAAAUUUUUUUAAAAGAGUAAUUUCAGGGGAAAAAAGAUUGGUGUUGUUUCUAGAUCAGUGACAGUGUUCAAACAUUUGCAUCCUAAUAACAAAGAGAUAGAUGAGAAAAUCUGUUGUGGGAAGAUGUUACCACACUAUUCUGAUUCUGUAAGCACUAUUAACAGUAUUUAUUUAGUAGAAUAAACAUACUGCUCUGAGGGGUUUUUUAAAUUAUUUUUUAGUAGUAGGGGCCUCUUCUUUUUCAUUCUGGUUGUUCUGAUCUACAUACUCCAAGCAUAGUUUAGUUGAUCUGACUUACUUUGUUAUUAUUUUCACUGUCGUGCCUACUUAUUUGCAUCUUGAAUUCUUCAGAACAGGAAUUCAGUUCAGGAAUCCAAAUCACAAAUGUACCCAUAGGGAGCUAAGAAU